GCAUUAUUGAUGCAUUGGUCGGCGAGUUCAUGCAUAGUUCGGAGACUUUUGGUGUUUUGUCAUCUCGUUAUAGUCGAGCAUAAAGAUAAUGGACCUUCCGACCUAAACUUCCACUUCUCUAUUCAAUUAUUGUAUCUAGUGAGAAUUCGUCUUUGCAACUCUUAGUAUUACUGACUAGGUAUCUUCAUUAUCGAUUCCUUCGCAAUGGCCAAUCAGGAGAUCGUGUUCUUUGACUUACCGUCUAAAACACCAAACAAGACGUGGUCGUACAACCCGUGGAAAACUCGGAUCGUCUUGAACUACAAGAACCUCCCCUAUAAGACAGAAUGGGUUGAAUACCCAGAUAUCAAGGGAAAAUUCCAAGACCACCUCCCAAAGGCGGAUCUCUACACCAUCCCGACGAUCAUCUUGCCCGACGGAACUUGGGUAACUGACUCCUUCACAAUCGCCGAAGUGCUCGAGAAGAAGUAUCCCGAGCCAAGCCUCCGUCUGGACUCCCCUUAUCUGCCAAAAGUGAAGGAAAUCCUUGUGCAGGUCUUGACUGCCACUAAGGCUGUCUACGUCCCGGGGGUUUUUAACGGGUUAUUGAACGAUGCUAGCAAGGGGUACUUCCGCCGAACUCGCGAGGAGAUGUUUGGCGCGACCAUAGAGGAGGUAGCUAAGAAGCAAGGCGGCGAAGUAGCAUGGAAAGCUGCGCAGCCUGCUCUGGAGAAGGUCACCGCCCUGCUGAAAGAGAACAGCGACGGCCCUUUCUUCGAGGGGAAGAAUGUGGGCUUCGCUGACUUCGCGUGGGCAUCGUUCCUCCUUUUCGCUCAAAGAAUCGGCGAUGAUGUCUAUCAAGAGGUACUGAAGCAUAGUGGAGAUGCAGCAGUACAUGAGAAGCUGCUAGAGGCCGUGAAGCCCUGGUACGAAAGGGCUGACCACUAGUCGCGCGAAUGCUACUACUCGAGGAGCCACGUACGGAGAUAUUAGGUCAAUUAGCAGAUCCAUCAAUAUAGUGCAAUAUGCCAAGUUUAAGCUUGAUAUAUGACUGAGACCUAUCAAUAUAUAUGAUAGAAAGUGACUGGAGAAACUUCAAGAUCAGAAGGAUGGUGUAGAUUCUAGCCCAACAC